GUCGUCGUUGUUAGAAACUUACCGGUUUAAUUUUUUCGCACCAAAUUCCCUGCUUUAAUUAAUUCCAAACCAUUCAAGGCUCCUAGGCUCCCAAAUCAAAAACCCUAACCCCAUUUUCCUUUCUUCUAUUCUCUGCUGUGAUUUGAGCAACCGGGGGCUGCUAGGGCUCAAGAAACCUCUCGAUCUCGAUAAUGGCCACAGCAGAGAAGAGAAAGCCUGUCUUCGUUAAGGUAGAAGAACUAAAGCCUGGCACCACUGGCCACAAUCUCACUAUUAAGGUCGUCAACUCUAAGGCCGUCCCUGUCCCUAAGCCCCGCCGCGCCCCCAUGUCUCUCUCUCAGCGUUCUGUCCGCCCUGCUCGUAUCGCUGAGUGCCUUGUUGGCGACGACACUGGCUCUAUCGUCUUCACCGCCCGCAAUGAACAAGUUGACCUUAUGAAGCCAGGCACCACCGUUAUUCUGCGUAAUGCAAAGAUUGACAUGUUCAAGGGGUCUAUGAGGCUUGCGGUAGACAAAUGGGGACGCGUUGAAGUUACUGAACCUGCAAGCUUUGUAGUUCAAGAAAAUAACAACCUUUCUUUGGUAGAGUAUGAGCUAGUUACUGUUCAGGGAUGAUUAGCAUCUUCAGGAAGUGAAUAUUUGGAAGUUACUGAAGACAUUAUUUUGUUUGUUGUUUAUGAACUGUUUUUUACUGGGAGACAGCUUUUGAGUAUGGUACAAAGUUUUUGUUGAGAUGUAAUUUUAAUCUCAAUUGAGAAUUGUUAAUUGGAAAAUUUAAUUGUCAGA